AUGGCGGUGGGGAGGCUGUUGCUGCGAGCGGGGUCGAGGCUGUUGCAGGAGCGGCGAGGCCGGGUAUCACAGUGCUUGAUCAGAAGAACAUUUUUUGGAUAUCCCCUAAAUAAAGGAAGUUCUGGUCUGGUCCAGCAGGCUAAAGAUGUUUGUUUGAGGUUCUGCAGACCAAGAAGUUCUACAACAGCUGCUGAUGCAUCUGGAGAGGACACCUUGCUGAAAUGGGGCCUUUUCCUGGUCCCUCUGACUGCAUUCUGCCUGGGCACAUGGCAGGUUCAGCGACGGAAGUGGAAAUUAGAUUUGAUUGCACAACUGACAUCAAGAAUUUCAUCAGAGCCCAUCCCUCUGACAUUAGACCCCAUGGAGCUGAAGGAGCUGGAGUACAGGCCUGUGAAGGUCCGAGGGCACUUUGACCACUCCAAGGAGCUCUACAUCUUGCCACGGUCACUCGUGGAGCCCGAGCAAGAGGCCAGAGAAGCAGGGAGGCUCAUGUCCCACCCAGAGAAUGGAGCCAAUGUCAUCACUCCCUUCUACUGCACAGAGCUGGGGGUCACCAUUUUAGUCAACCGAGGGUUUGUGCCCAAAAAGAAACUGAAGCCAGAGACCAGGCUGAAGGGACAGAUUGAAGAUGAAAUUGAGCUCACUGGGGUGGUGAGGUUAUCAGAGAAAAGGAAACCUUUUGUGCCUGAAAAUAACCUGGAGAGGAACCGCUGGCACUACCGUGACCUGGAGGCCAUGGCCAAGGUGACAGGAGCUGAGCCUAUCUUCAUUGAUGCAGAUUUCAGAAGCACAGUCCCAGGGGGGCCUAUUGGGGGCCAGACAAGAGUGAGCCUGAGGAAUGAGCACAUGCAGUACAUCAUCACCUGGUAUGGUUUAUGUGCUGCAACUUCAUUCUUGUGGUACAGAAAAUUUAUACAGAAGAUCCCUCGGUGAGGGAAGGGCUGAGCACUUCUGCACUGCAGACAUCUUGCAGGCUUUGUAGAAGACAGCAGCCUGACCAACCCUGAGCAGCUGAAGCACCCAGUUUUGGGGCAAGAUGUGCAGCCAUCAAGGUGCAAAGAGACUUCACAUUGGUGCAGGCUCAGCUCCUUCCAAUGAGGUUCUGGCUGCAGCCUUGAAGUGCUGAAGUUCAGAACUGAGUGGCUGCUGAGAGACUACAGCAUGAGGCAGCUGCACUGGAAAGCUCAAGGAUGCAUUUUUUUAUGGUGGUUUUUACUUCUUCACUGCUCUAUUUUGCUGAAGAGAGGCAGGGAUUUUGUGAAGCAAAGUUUCUCUGCACCAAGCAGUCAUUCCUGAAGUCAGGAACGUUUCCCAGCAAUUGCAGCAGAAUAAAGAGCGU